CUAGAAGUAGCUACUUAAAUAGCACCAACUCCCGCUUAGUUACGGCUUUUAUAACACAUUCAGUAAAUCCCAGACAACGUCUGUUGACUACAUACUCACUCACUCACUCAUCAUCACUCUAUCUCGGUUCUUUUUAUCCUAGUGUAGGCAGCUAGAGAAACGACCCUGCCAAAACACCCACUUACACGGCGAGACUUGCGGCACCGCAUACCCACGGUCUAAUAAGUUAGAUAUUCUGUUCUUAUACUGUUUACAAAUCUGCAUCAUCAAGGACCCAUUGCCUAGCGUUUCCGUGGUACUGUACGACGGGUUUUCUAGUCACGUGAAAUUACGAGAUACGCCAUGAUCGGACUUGGUCUGGGGCGUAGGGGGGCGGAACAGCGUUUGUUGGUGAAGUUGGGACGAGUCACUUGCAAGAGACUGGCCAGUACAGUGACUCAAGAAGGACCGAAGGAGCGCAUCGUCGUUCUAGGCUCGGGCUGGGCUGGAUACGCUCUGGCAAAAACAAUAUCUCCCUCUCAAGCCUCUCGGAUUCUCAUCUCACCUCGCUCUCACUUCGUCUUCACUCCCCUUAUCGCCUCAACCGCUGUUGGUACUCUCGAGUUCCGUGCUGCUGUUGAACCCUGUCGUAAACUCGGUCUUACAGAGUUCCACCAGGCUUGGGCUUCUGAUAUUGACUUUGUCAACAAGAACAUUACCGUUGAAGCUAACCAGCGUGAUGGAGUCACAGCCCGCUCGGGCAAGGAUCUGUUGAAGGGCCUCGAAUUCCAGGUCCCGUAUGAUAAGCUUGUAGUGGCUGUCGGGUGCUACAGUCAGACUUUUGGUGUUGUGGGUGUCAAGGAGCAUGCAUGUUUUCUGAGAGAUGCCACAGAUGCUCGAACAGUGCGUCUAAAAGUGCUGCAGAAGUUCGAGCAGGCUUCUCUGCCUAGUACGAGCGCGGCUCAGAGGAAGCGACUACUUCAUUUUGCUGUUGUAGGUGGCGGCCCUACAGGUAUCGAAUACGCGGCUGAGCUUCACGAUCUUAUACACGAAGACUUAUCCAAGCUGUAUCCCGAACUGAUGCCUCACGUUGCCAUCACCAUCUACGACAUUGCACCAAAGGUUCUCCCUAUGUUUGAUCGCAAUCUGGCCGCAUACGCCACAAACAUCUUCAGCCGUGCAGGCAUUAAAGUCAAGACCGAGCAUCACCUUGAGGGCAUUCGACGAGACGACGAUGUUCUCCUGAUGCGUAUCAAGGAGGAACCUCAAGAAGUCGCAGCAGGCGUUGUCGUCUGGAGCACGGGUCUCAUGCAGAACCCUCUGGUAGGCAACUUAGUUGGGCGAGAGGUGGAGGGAAUGGGAAAGAUCGCAAAGAACUGCAAAACAGGCGGCUUCGCUGUUGAUUCUCACCUUCGUGUCCAGGUCGAAGCCCAAGACUCCAACGGCAAACAAAUCACAAAGACACUCCCGGACGUCUACGCAAUUGGUGACUGCGCCAAUAUCCAAGGCGAAUCACUUCCUGCCACUGCACAAGUUGCAAGUCAACAGGCUACAUAUCUCGGCAAGAGAUUCAACGCUGGGACGUCCUCUCAGGGGCCUCCAACUGCUCCCUUUCACUUCCGCAACUGGGGUACAAUGGCGUACCUUGGGGGUUGGAGGGCCAUUCAUCAGAAGGGUACUGAUGAGCUCAAAGGUCGAGCCGCGUGGAUUCUGUGGCGGACGGCGUAUUUGACCAAGAGUAUGAGUCUAAAGAAUAAGCUCAUGAUUCCGUUCUACUGGUUGGUUACAUGGAUUUUUGGUCGAGAUAUCUCGAGGUUCUAGGGUGGUAGGUCGAUCAUUGGAAGAAUCCAUUGGUUGGAUAGGUAGUUGAGAUAAUUCCCUUCCCAACAAUAAAAGUAAAGGCUUCAGGUUGCUCUGCUCAACAUCCCAAGCAGAUGCAUUGUUUUCACUAGUCAAUUGUUGGAAAACCUUGGAGCCAUAGGAGUAAUUCGAGAAAAUACCAAUUCUAGUAACCUUAUUACCUUAUCAAUAACUUAUAUGAGUUAGUAGGUACGCAGGUUAGUACGAAGC